AUGUUUAAGAAAAGGUCUAAACUUAGUGGAGGCUCGACUGAGACAAAGAGAAGAAAAUUACCAGUGGAAAAUAUCGAAUCUGAUGAAGAUCAGAAGGGCGAAGUCAAUAUUCCAACAUUUAAAAAGAGACAAUUAUUAGGAAAGAAAGAAAAACCUUCAUUGGAGGAUAGGAUAGGUGUGGAGAAGGAAACAAGAUCAAAUAACUCGAAAUAUACCCUUGUUGAUAAUAAUACUGCUACGAAAGCCGACAUCUUAAACUCCGAGGAUAAAGGAACCACUAAGAGUAACAAAUCUAUUAGUUCAAAAGAAACAACCAAGAGAAGUGUUUCUGAUAAAAUUACACAAGCGGCUAAUUUGAAAACUACAAUAUUUACAGAUUAUCAACCUGAUAUAUGUAAAGAUUAUCAGCAGACUGGAUUUUGUGGAUAUGGUGAUAGUUGUAAAUUUCUUCAUUCGAGAGAUGAUUUUAAAGCUGGCUGGAAACUAAAUACUGACUGGAAAGUUGAUGUGAUAGAAAAUGGAAAUAAUGAUGCCAUAACCAAGGAUAUUCCCUUCAAAUGUGUUAUAUGUAAAGAUGAUUAUAAGGAUCCUGUUGUGACUAAUUGUGGGCAUUAUUUUUGUAGAACCUGUUUCACUAAGAGAAUUGAUAAAGAUCUAAGUUGUUUCAUUUGUAGAACUGAUACCAAAGGUGUUGCCAAAAUUGCAAAGGAUUUAAAAAAACAGAUACGUAAAUCGAAAGAGAUCGCAGAAGAUUGA